GAAAAGGAGAAAGUAGCCAUUUGAAGACCUUCCCAAGACACAAGAACCAAAGGCCUGUCAUCUGCGGGUCAUCGUAUCACCAAAGAAAACGCAAAACCCCAUUUUUAAAACAAAUUGAUUUGAUUUGCUGUUGAGUAUCCAUCAUGGGAGAUCGACAUCACCACCAUCCUGGGGGUGGUAGGCCUGUCUACACCCUCCUACUCAGCAUAGGUCUGGCCUUGCUGGCCCUGUUGUCUGAGGCCCAGGGCCGUAUGGAUAGAGCCAAGACAGAAGAGGAGAGUGGAGCAGGGCUGCUGAGGAGGGUGAAGAGAGGCUGGGUAUGGAACCAGUUCUUUGUGCUGGAGGAGUACACUGGACUGGAGCCGCUGUACAUAGGAAAGCUCCACUCAGACAUGGACCUAGGGGACGGCUCCAUCAAGUACAUCCUGUCAGGCGACGGUGCGGGCACCACCUUCACCAUUGACGACAGUACAGGCGACAUCCAUGCUAUCAAGAGGCUGGACCGUGAGGUGAAGGCCCAGUACCUUCUGCGAGCCCAGGCCUGGAACAGACAGACAGACCGACCCCUGGAGCCUCAGUCUGAGUUUAUCGUCAAAAUCCAGGAUAUCAAUGAUAAUGAACCUAAGUUCCUGGAAGGGCCCUACCAGGCCACCAUACCUGAGAUGUCAACCAUCGGCACUGAGGUGAUUCGGAUGACAGCCACAGAUGCAGAUGACCCUACGUAUGGUAACAGUGCCAGGGUGGUCUACAGCAUCCUACAGGGACAGCCAUACUUCUCUGUAGAGCCUAAGACUGGCGUGGUGCGUGUGUCUCUGGCGGGCAUGGACCGCGAGGUCAGGGAGAACUACUCCGUCAUCAUCCAGGCCAAGGACAUGGGAGGCCAGCUAGGYGGUCUGGCCGGAACCACAGUGGUCAACAUCACCCUCAGUGACGUCAACGAUAACCCACCCAUGUUUGAUCAGAAGCUGUACCAGAUGAGUGUUCCAGAGUCGGCUCCGGUGUCGUCUGUUGUGGGUCGUAUUCGGGCGAAGGACCGUGACAUUGGCAUCAAUGCAGAGAUGAGGUACAGCAUAAUCGACGGAGAUGGGAGGGACACCUUCGACAUCAACACAGACCCAACCAACCUGUUUGGCAUCAUCACCAUCAAAAAGCCUCUGAACUUUGAGACCAAGGCGAGCUACACUCUGAAGAUAGAAGGAGCCAACACGCACCUUGACCACCGUUUUCCGGAUAAGGGCCCGUUCAGCCAUGUCACCAUCGUUCACGUCAGCGUAGAGGAUGUGGACGAGCCCCCAGAGUUUAGCUCGGCUGCCUACUACAUAGAGGUCCCUGAGGACACGGAGAUCAGCACAAUGUUUAUGACGGUCUCCGCUAGAGACCCCGAUGCUGCCAACACCUCCAUCAGGUAUUCCAUAGAGAGGAACACUGACCUGGGGAAAUACUUCUACAUUGACAUCACUUCCGGGGCAUUGAUGGCAGUGCUUCCGUUGGACAGAGAGGAGUUCUCCUGGCAUAACAUCACCGUCCUGGCCAUGGAGAUGAGUAACCCAUCGAUGAUCGGGAGUGUGUCUGUAGCCGUGAAGAUUCUGGACGUGAAUAUAAACCCUCCGUUGCUGACACAGUACUUUGAAGCCUUUGUCUGUGAGAGGGCCAAUGCUGGACAGCUGAUUCAGACAGUGACGGCAGUAGACGCAGAUGAUCCUCUGGGAGGUCAUCACUUCUACUACAGCCUGGCCCUAGAGGCAGCUAACAACCCCAACUUCACCCUUAGAGACAACCAAGACAACACAGCAUGGAUCCUGACGCGUCGUGGGGGCUGGUCUCAGCAGGAUCAGUCAGUCUACUACCUUCCUAUCUUCAUCUCAGAUGGAGAGCAGCCGGUCCAGACCAGCACCAGCACCCUGACCAUCCGUGUGUGUAGCUGCGAUGUGGAGGGCAACGUUAUGUCCUGUAAUGCUGAGGCCUACCACCUCCCGGCUAGUCUGAGCAGAGGGGCGCUCAUCGCCAUACUGGCAUGUAUCUUCGUCCUGCUCGUGAUGGUCCUGCUCAUGUUGUCCCUCCAGAGCCACCGUAAGAAGCCCUACCUGCACGAUGAGGAAGACAACGUCCACGAGAACAUUGUCCGCUACGAUGACGAGGGGGGCGGAGAAGAGGACACCGAGGCCUUCGACAUCGCUGCCAUGUGGAACCCCCGCGAGGCCCACCUAGUGGGGAAGCAACGUCAGGACAUGCUGCCUGAGAUUGAGAGCCUGUCGCGUUACGUUCCCUUAGCAUCAGUAGGCGGGCCGGGUAGCGGUUGUGGUGGUGGAGACAGCAACGUCCAGGGGUAUGUGCUAGCCAAGCUCCUGGAGACGGAUCUGAACCCCUGCGCCCCGCCUUACGACUCCCUGCAGACGUACGCCUACGAGGGGGAGGGAUCGGUGGCCGAGUCCCUGAGCUCGCUGCAGUCUGGGUGCUCCAAUACUGAUCAUGAGUAUGACUAUCUCAAUGACUGGGGGCCCAGAUUUAAGAAACUGGCAGAGAUGUACGGGGUUCUAGAGACGAACAACCCUCCCAUGUGGUAGAGGGGAGGAAGGAACGAGAGACUCCCCACUACAUACACACAGCUUAGAGAAAGAGAAGAAAUAGAGACAUGGAGAGACAAUGACUGAAACGGUGACAAAUUGAGAGGCUGAAACAAAGAGACACAGGACUAGAGAGAGAGAGAAACUGAGAGUUUGAAAGCUGUGCUCGCCCUAUAACUGUAGCACUCGCGAAUACACAGCUAAGCAUCGCCUGUUCUCCACAGCCUUGGAGCCGUGUAGCUUCCUAGCUACCAUCACAAUCCCUCCCCAUACAUAGGAAGAGGCUUAGAGGAGCCUGGACUGACUGACUGACAGACAGCUAGCACAACAAGACCCUCAAAGCAAAGGGCUUCAAAGCACAUGUUAGUUACCUCCCGUGGCCGACCCAGGCCCUAGCCACAGGCGCCAGCAGCUCUUUGGUCCAAAGCGUCCGAUUCCCCUCAGAAGAACACAAGAUAGGGGAGCGAAGGGCAAAUGUGGAACUCAGAAUACAUUACCUGCCGAUACACAUGUAUGCAGGAGAKAAACAAACUCUGAAACGCUGACUUAUUUUGGCAGUUUGUUUUGACGAUUUAAAAAAGCUUUCGUUUUUUUUAUUCUAAGCCACUAUGUGACAAUAUUUUUUUUAAAGGUAAAUGAUUUGAUGAAAAGUUUUAUCGUUAUUGUUGCAGAGAUUUUGAUUUGAGAACUGCUAUUUAUUCCCGGUAGCUCCAUUAUGUGGCCGUAUCUUAUUAAUAUGCUGUCCUUAUAUUUAGUAUAACUUAUUUUUGGGAAACCAAACAAACACUGGACUUGUGUUGGAUGUUAUCCCAAGGUUGUGGGAUCGGCAUAAAAUAUGAUCAAGCGUUGUCAUGUAACAUAAAUGUUUCAAUGGCGUCUAAUUGCAUUUCUGUUGUGUGUGUUUCUCAGUGUCUUGUUUCAGACAGAGUAAGGGAGAUGUAAACUCAGUAAUCCUGUUUGGAUUUUAAAGUUCAUUUGUUUAAUGUGUCAAUCCAUAUUUUGUUAGUAUGAACACUUUGUUGUUUUGCUGCUGGUUAGGAGCAUGAUCAUGCAUUCAACAGGACAUUAUGUGUGUCCCAAAUGGUACCAUAUUUCCUACAUGGGCCCUGGUCAAAAAUGGUGCACUAUUUCUUAUAUUUAACUA